AUGGAUUCGCGCGGGGCGCUGUUGCUGUUGAUCGUGUACGUCGUGGCGUUCCAGCGACAGGCGCACGGUCAAGAUUGUCCGGAUGGCGUUCCAGUAACGUACGUUAAAUAUAGUAAUUCUGCUCCGAGAUCUGUAGUACAGCCGAUCUUAUUAUACGCCAGCACUCCCGGAGUUGCCAUAACUGCAGAAUGUUAUAACAGAUGUAGAAAGUCGGUGGACUGUGCCGGCUUCAUAAUAGAUUACACGUCAACAUCAUGUUACCGGGUGCCUAACAUGGGAAGUUCCACCGACAAUAUUGUCAUGACCCCUAAUGUAAACUUUUUUAGGAAAGCCUGUCUCCGCGUUCCCGAAUCAUGUAACCGAAGAGCAUGGCCAAUCGAAGUAUCUAUGGACUAUGAAAUUAACGGUUUUCAAUAUUCAGUUAUACCCAAUAUUGGCGACAAGUGGAGAUGUGCCCAACUAUGUAUUGAUCAAAACAAUUGUAAGUCAGCGAAUUACUUUCGAUCAACCAAGAUGUGUUCUUUGAAUUCCGAAACCCGUAAGACCAAGCCUACAGCAUUUAAUCCAAGUCGGAAUCAAGUUGAAUAUUUAGAAAAUGAAUGCGCCAAUACACUGCCAGGUCUAAAUCAAAUGAAUUCAUGCUGGCAUGAACCUGUAUAUGAUAGAACUUUACAACAAGUGGACUUACAAGUAGAAAACAUUAAUAUUGAACAAUGCAAAGAAAGAUGUGAAACUGAACAAUAUUUUAGCUGCAGAGGUUAUACUUUUAAAUGCCCUACAGAUGAAUUUGGUGGUACUCUUUGUCUUUUACACGGUGAUGACACUAAUACAGCUGGCCCACUCAUUCCAUCGCCAUGUUCCACUUAUAUAGAAAGAAUUACUUGCAUUGAUUUAAGCGUAUCAUGUAGUGAUGAUUCGAUGAUAGUGACAUUAAGAUCUCAGGGCUUCAAGGGUAGAAUGUUUGUGCUAGGAAGACCUGAAGAAUGCGGCGUUAACGGUCGCCAUACAGAUAUGACAACGAUUACUCUACCAAUAGUUGAAAACCACACUCAACGUAAUCUCUGUGACGUUGUGAUAGCUAAAUCGGCAAACAGCAAUAGGAAAUUGGCUACAGCUGUUGUCGUAGUACAACACCACCCGAUUAUACAAACGGUUGGCGAUCGAGUGACUAAAGUAUCAUGUGCUGUUGGUUCAAGCCGCCACCCAUCGUUCUUGGCGUCUAGACCACAGAACAUUACUUUAGACGCAACGUUUGGUGUAGCAGAACCGAGCAUACACAACACUAUAUACAACGAUGGUGGAUACGAUCCAAAUGGUUUAAUUGGCUCUGCAAAUCAAGUCGCUAAGAUGAGAAUUUUAGAAGUAGGACGAAACGUAAAACAAGUAUCUGAAGUGAAACUUGGCGAUGAAUUAGAACUCCGGAUUGAUGUGAAUCAACCAUAUAACGCAACACAAUUAAGAGCAGGCCACUUGGUUGCUAGUUCUGGAGAUGGUCUGGACUCCUUAUUACUUUUAGAUUGGAGAGGUUGUCCUCCAGAACCAUCGACAUUUCCGGUUUUAAAUUUAGCACCUCCAAAUUCAAUGGUCGCUAGAUUCAAAGCAUUCCGAUUUCCUUCGUCACCUGUGCUACGGUUUAGCCUCAUGAUGAUGUUUUGUGAUCAGCUUUGUAAGCCAAGUGAUUGUGGAAAUGGACAAGUGUCCUAUGGUCGACGAAAGCGCGAUGUACCUAUAUCUGAAACUAAAACAAAGGAAGUGCCAUUACAACUCGCAAUUGUAGUUCGUUCUCUUGAAGAACAAGAAGAAAUCAUAGCCAGUCAAAGUCAAAUUAGUAAUAGUAACAAUAGUAAUGAGAGAUCAUCAAGAAGAUUGGAAGCUUCAGUUAUUCGUAACAAUGAAUGGUGCAUUACUUGGCCUAUAGGAUUAGCAAUCACCAUAAUUCUAGUCACUAUGCAAACAUUAAUUGUAUUAGGUUGUUGGUCAUUUUUUCGACGAUCAAAUCAAAAAGUCCUUAAUGACCGUGUGACUUUAAAUUCUGACUUUCAACCAAGGCAUGUUACAUGGGCUGACAAUCAAUAAAUACCUACAAAAUAUACCUAAUAAGAUUUUGUUUGGAUGUAAGUUUACAUUUUUUUUUUUUUUUUU